CACAACAGGACAGACGACCUGGCGGUAUGUAACUUACUGAACAGCCUCUCAGCUUUCAUUCAGUGUCAGUGAGAUCAGGAAAGAGCAGAGUCGGUGUUCAGAGCUUUAAUGCGCGGCUCGACAUGCCACCUAACAUGGAUUAUUUCUACCACGAGUCCCGAGUCCCCUCCGCCUGCGGGCUGACCCGGGAGGACGAGCUGGAGCCCGGGGUGAUCAGCUGUAUGCUGGUGGGCGACGGAGCUGUGGGGAAGACUAGCAUGAUAGUUAGCUACACCUCCAAUGGAUAUCCUACAGAGUACCAGCAGACUGGGUUUGAUGUCUUCUCUGGCCAGGUCCAAGUGGAAGGAUCUCCAGUCAAAGUUCAGCUUCUGGACACUGCUGGACAGGAGGAAUUUGAUGAAUUUAGGGCUCUGUCAUACGCCCACACGGACGUCUUCCUCCUCUGCUUCAGCAUGGUCAACCCCACCUCAUUUCACAACAUCACCAAAAAGUGGGUUUCAGAAAUCCGGGCCCAUAAUCCUUCCUCACCUAUUGUUCUUGUUGGGACUCAAUCGGACCUUCUGCUUGACGUGAAUGUCCUCAUCAAUCUGGACCGUUCUAAUGUGAAGCCAGUUCUAAGUUCCAGAGCCAGGAGCAUGGCAGAGAAGAUCAGGGCUACGGACUACAUCGAGUGUUCGUCACUCACGCAAAAGAACUUAAAGGAGGCAUUUGAUGCCGCCAUCUUCGCUGCCAUUAAGAACAAGACUCGCAAGAGCAAGAAGAGGAGGUUUUCUGACAGGCGCACUAAAGCUUUCUCCAGGUGUAGCUGGAAGAAAUUCUUCUGCUUUGUCUGAACUUAUUAACAGACUUUAACCCUGUGGGACACAAAACUCUUAUUUAUUUAUACUUUUGAUGUUACAGCGCUGAUCUGUGGCGGGCUGGCAUCCUUCCCUGAUGAAUAUUUGGCUUAUUUUAUUCUGGGAUGCCAAAUGGUGCAGGGAAAUAAAACAUGAGCACAAACAAGAGAGCAGAAAGGAUUAUGGGUCAAUCUUUGAAAGGGUCUGGUUUCACUCAGGACAGCUUUGUCUAUUUAUAUUAUGUUUAGAUAUGUUCAUCAGGGUCUUAUAAAAAUGCAUCGUGUGUUAUAAUCAAAGUGUGUAUAUGCUCUCCUUUGUUUGCACCAAUGGUAAGACUUGUGUGAAAAGCACAGUGAGUUGAGGUUGAGGGAGGGAAAGAUAUCACUAACACAGAAACAGAGAGAGAGCACAGGCCAUCAUGUAAAUGUUGUUGAUUUGCAUGCUGUGCUUUGCUGCCUUGAAUACAAGUGAAAGUGUCUGUUCUCUGUUUGAGCAGAAGGGCGUUAGCUACUUCUUGUAUUCUCACUGUCUGGCCUCUCCAGCCUAUUUAUAUGCAGCAGCUGCAAGUUCAUGUUGCAGUGUGAGAUGCCACAUUUAUACCUGCAUGUGAAAGUUCCCCUGGCUGGUAUUUUCUAGUCUACAAGUCGUCUGCCUACAAAUCAUCUGCAGGUUUAUAUUGUCACAAAUCAUGAAUUAUUGUAUUACUUAGGUUUUGAUUCUCAAAUUGACACAGGAACUUAAUUGGAAAUCCUCUUGUCUAAGCUGAAAGGUUGCAUGGGAGCAGCAAUCAUUGGCUUUUUGUCUCUCGCUCCCAUCAAUCUGCAUCUGUGAAAGCUAGCACUGCAGGAGUCUUGACUUCCACCCUGCAGAACCUCCCACUUGGCUUUUUUUAUUCACCUCUCUUUGUUUGUAUGCUCAGUGCGCUCCUUAUCUUAUAUAAGCCCUGUAAGCACUGAGUUAGAGGAAACUUACGUGCCUUCUUUUGAAUGUAAGUGUAAACUUAUACACACACUUUGAUUUAAAAAAAGCCUUGCAGGUCUGCAAUGUAAAGUGAUGCCAGUUUUCACCCCCAUGUAAGAUUUGGAGGAUCUCAGAGUGAGGACAUAGCUUUAUUAUGCUUCUUGUGGAAGUUAACUGAAUGUAAUAUUCUGUUUGUUUAAACAGUUUUUUUCAUGUUUUCUGAAAAUGAAAUAUAAAAGACAUGGAUUUUAAAUGCAUUAUUGUACUCUACUGAUUUUUUUGGUCACACUUUAUGUCCCUGUCACUAAUCUGAAUAAUCAUCUCUUUCUCUAACAUGUUUGUCUUUUUUACAUGUCAGAG